UCAGAGUCUCCGAACUGCAUUGUGUGACUUCUGAGAACCUCGCCCUCUGUCUGUCUGUCCCGGGGUGGAGGGGGAGCCCCGCGCCCCCAGCCCGCCACAUGCAGGGACCUGCGGGACAGGGGCAGUGCGCUGGGGGGGGGGGAUACGCCAUGUAGUGGCAGCAGCUCAUUAGGAGGGGGGUGGCACAGUUGGGCUUUUAUGAUGAUGAUUCUAGCCAGGAGGGGAAAUGGACUCUAAUCACAGUAAGGACCGGUCAUUAAUAAAGCCAUAAGCAGAGGCAGCGGCUCUGCAGCUUGCAGGGGAGAGCGGAGCAGCCCCGAAAAACUUCUUCUCUUGCCUGGUCAAACUAGUGGGGAGGGGGGGCGCGUUGGGACCCCCAGCGCUGUCCAGUGUGUGCAAGCGAGGGGAGGGAAGAGGGAGAGCAGGAGAGGGCAGGGGGCGCGGGGUUUAAUUGUCAUUAUUCAAUAAAGGAAAGCAAGGAGCCAGGUCUCCUUUGGCGAGGGGCCGUGUGGCGGGGAAUCCUCCCGCGUGGUAGGAAGGUGGGUCGAUCGGGGCGGUGGGGGGGAUCAAUAAGCGUUUUAAACCAAAAUAAUGUCUACGGCAGCAGAGACCUCUCCAAGAUGUCAGGUGUUAGUCCGGAGGGGCAGAUCUGUGAGCAGCACAGCGGCUCCCGGGUCUACGGUGCAUUAGCCUCUCGGUGGGAGAGGGAUCCCAGACAGCUGUGGUGGGGAGCCAGCGGAGGAGAUUUGCUAGCGGGCUCCUCCGGGGGAUACUACCCGCCACCUCCUGCACCCGAGCGCAAAAGGUGCUGCUGCUGCUGCUGCUACUGCUGGCGCAUUUCAUCCAAACUCCAGCCAGAGCGGGGGCAAGUUGCACCGGAGACAUCAGCGCCACUGUGCUUUGGAGAGGCGAGGGCGCACCGGGAGCGCAGCGGCACCAUGCCUGCUAUCAAGAAGGAGCGACUUGACAGGGAGGAGAUGGCCCUGGCUGCCUUUAACCAGCCCAUGGAGACCUUACCUGACUAUCUGGCCCCUUUAGCGGCCGCUGCCAUCCCGGUGGUGACCCCCCACCCUCCGGCUUACGACCAGAUCUUUGCCCACCACCACCGUGCCUACCUGGGCUUCCCCGAGACCCACCACCCGCACCACCCCCAUCACCACCUCCCCGAGGACCUGAUGCUGGAGCGCUUUUCCUCCAUCCCGGAUUUCCAGCCCUUCUUUGACAACGGGGAGCCGUGCAUCGAGGUGGAGUGCGGCGAGAACAAGGCGCUGCUCUACAUCAGUAAGUUAUGCCAGGGCAGCAAAGGACCCUCCAUCCGGUACCGGGGAGAGUGGCUCACCCCUAACGAGUUCCAGUUUGUCAGCGGCAGGGAGACCGCCAAGGACUGGAAGCGGAGCAUCCGGCACAAAGGGAAAAGUUUGAAGACUCUUAUGUCCAAAGGAAUCUUACAGGUACAUCCUCCAAUCUGUGAUUGCCCUGGGUGUCGAAUUUCGUCUCCAGUGAACCGGGGUCGCCUGGCCGAGAAGAGAACGAUCCCUCUGCCUCCCACCAGGCUCCCAAAGAAAGAGCUGACCUCCAUUUUCUCACAUAGCGACGACAGCGAGGAGAGUGACAAGGCCAAUGGUCAACACCCCGAAGUGAAGCAGGAGGAGGAUCUGCAUAUCAGUAUCAUGAAAAGAAGGAUACACACCCACUGGGAUUUAAACAUCUCCUUCCGAGAGACCUCUUGCAGCCGUGAUAACGACCUCUCCACCAUCAUCUCCAACCUGCAUCAGAGCCGCCAACUCGUUAUGCCAGAGACCCAGAGUCGCUGUGAAUUCAAGAGAAACAGCAUCGACGUCGGCUUAGGAGCAGCAGAUGAAAUUUUAGGCAGGAGAAGAGUAUGUUCUCCCAACAGCAGCAGUGAGUGUCCUUUAGAAAGCAAGAAAACCCGAAGCGAGUCCCCAAAGGAAAAUUCCCACACGCCCGUGCUUGAAGACUCAGUGACUCAGAUGACCCCAGAGGAACACUACAGACGGAUGAUGUCAGCCCUGAACGAACACAGCACCUUUGAGGAGCAGCAGCAGCAGCGCCUCUACCAGUUGGCCAACAGCAUGGCAGUCCCCAGCCACGGUGAUCUGCUCCGAGCGCGGCAAGAGGCGGCGGCGCGCAACCCCGGGGCCAUGGAGGCGCAUCUCCCCUCGGCCAGCAACUCGUCCAGCCAGCGCCGGAAACAGGGGCUCCCCCAGCACCGCGACACGCACUUCCCCGAGAGGGACAUGUCCCACCCACCGCCUCUGCUGUCACCCCAGAAUGCCCCCCACAUCGCGCUAGGGCCUCACUUGAGACCUCCCUUCCUGGGGGUGCCUUCAGCUUUGUGCCAGACGCCAGGUUACGGGUUUCUGCAGCCGGCACAAGCAGAGAUGUUUGCACGGCAGCAGGAGAUGCUGCGGAAACAGAAUCUUGCCAGGCUUGAGAUGUCGGCCGAGAUCAUCCGCCAGAAGGAGCUGGAGAAUCUCCAUCGACAGAGGCUACUGGCCGGCGACCCGCUGAGCCUGCACCCGGGCUUACCCCAGGACCACCCGGCCUUGCGGAACAUGCACGACAUCCCCGAGGGGCACCCUCUGAGGGACGAACUUUCCCGGAGGAAUGCCAUGCUGGUGCUCCGGCACAACAACACGCCGCUGCUGUCGCUCAACCAUGGGGUCCCCAGCACCACCCCGCCCAAGGAGCAGGGCCGGAGGGGGAGCCGGAAAUCAGUGCACCACCGGGCCGAGCCUCCGGGUCUGCACGAGGCCAAGGAGCUGGCCGAGCCCCGGGCCCGGGAUGGCGUGCCCGACUGCAACGACGAGGAGAUGAAAGACUCGGAGAGCGAUGCUGAAGUGAGCGACGAGAAGCCGGAGAGCCUGAAAGCUGAGAGCAGCAGCUCAGCCAGUGAACUCAAAGAGUGCAAAGAGACAAGCAAGGUCUACGAGGGGGCCAAGGAGCUGAGCGAAGUGUCUUCUGGCCAGAAUGCCCCCUGCAGCUCCUCAAGCACUGAGUCACCCAGCCACCUGCUCGGCCCAGGCAUCAAUAAAAAUGAGGUGAAAUACCUCCCUCCGGCCUCCAUCCCACCACCUCAGCCGCUGCCCUUCGGAUUCCCUUAUACAAUGAGCCCCUAUUUCCACGCAGGCGCCAUGGGAGGUCUGUUCUUGGAUGGGGAGGAGAGCCCUGCGCUGGAAGACAUCAGCAAAUGGACAGUGGAGGACGUCUGUAACUUUGUGGGCAGUUUGUCUGGCUGUGCCGAGUACACUCAGGUAUUCAGGGAACAGGCUAUCGAUGGCGAGACGCUGCCUCUCCUGACCGAAGAGCACUUACUGAACAACAUGGGGCUCAAACUGGGGCCAGCUCUGAAGAUCAGGUCACAGGUGGCCAAGAGAGUUGGCAGGGUUCUCUACAUGGCAAGCUUCCCCAUGGCAUUCCCGCUGCAGCCCCCUGGCUUACGGCCUCCAGACCGAGACCUGGCACCCGCUGAGCUCCGCCCAUCCUCUACAGGCAGCGUAUCCUCCCCCUACAGCAGCAGCCUGCUCCCCGCUAGCCGCAUCUCACCAAAGCAGGAAAAUGGAAACCCCUCGUUAAUGGCUGGAAUCAACGACACCACGAAACCUGCAUCGUAACUGCACAGCCUCUCGACUCCCUCCAGUACUAAGACACGUUGUGACAAACUCAACGGAACAAGGGGCCCCUCUCGCCCAGCCGGAGGGUCAAGGAAAGAGGGAAAUAGGGUUGUGUGUGCGCAUUCACUUUUUUUUUUUUUUUCUUUUAAACCCACAAUAAGAAAAGAUCAAAGAAGGAAAAAAAAUCCAAAGAUUUAUUGAAAGCAAUUCAAGGGAGGAAAAAACAGGUUGAGAGAAAUCUGGCCCUGCUCCCCCUUUCCUGCUUGCCCAAACCCGCGGGAGAGCAGCCGGCAGAGAUGGGAACGCUCGUCUGUUUGCCUUCGCGGGAACGCGGCUUUGGAGAACUGCUGGGGGUGACCCUGCCCACCAAGGCAGAGAGCCCCGAACUGUGAGCAAACCAACCCCCCCACCCCCAGAAUUGUACUCAGCUCCUUGUUCAGGUGUCUAUGCAUCUCUAGCAACUUUUAAAACAAUACCAAAGACAGACAAAAGGCAAGUUCCGGUCCAUGUUUACUUCGGUGCGGAUGGUACGGCAGAGGCGGCUUUGGCGCUGCCCCCUGAGUGCCGCGGUGCUUUCACCGCGCACAGAGACGACAGACUAUGGCAGCGUCUCCUCAUCCCCAGCCCCUCCAGGACUUUUUAUUUUUGGGUAACUUUCUUUUGAAGAAAGCAAACAAUAGCAGAAGGGGUGUGGUGGGGAGGGGGAAAGGCCCCUGGCUCCUCCUAGCCGCCCCCCCUCCCCUGCGUGUGUAUAGCAAACUCAUUGAUAUUGUUUUUUGGUUGUGGAGGGGUUAUUUUCUUUUAAAGCCUUGUUACAGAGGUGGAUGUAGUUGCACAUUCUGGCCUGCUAAGGCCUAUGAGACAGGUACCUGUGCAUGCCCAUAGGAGGUAGGGAGGUCAGGCAAACCCACGGGUAGAGGUUUUACUACUGUGAAGAAGACGGUAACUCCUGGGGGUGACCUCCUGUGACUUGUACAGUUGUGAACAACAAUCACACAUGGUACUGCGCGCUCUCUCUCUCUCUUUUUGUUUAAACGUUGCACGGGCUACCGUUUUUCUUAUAAAAAAUAGCUUGGUGGUACAUUAGCUUCUUUAUCUUGUAAAAAAACAAUUGUCAUUAUUCAUCCCAUCACAAUAAAUGCUUUCCAGCAAUCAGUUUAAAUAAAAAAAAUCACAAAGGGUCCGUGCUUUCCCCCUUAGAAGGUCUGCUCAGUGCCCAGCUGCUAGAACAGACCUCUCACCUUGCACUCACUCUAUGGCCGUGCUCCUGGGGGCUCCAGCAGUUGUUCUGCCCGGCGGGGUCAGGAGCUAGGGCAUGUUUUGCUUCACCUGCCACAGCUGCUGCAAGGAAGACUUUGGCGCAGGGGAGAGAGCACACCCAAUAGCGAGGGUGUAGGAACUAGUCAAGAAUGUAUUACAGAAAAAGUUUCUUGCCAAAAAUAGUGUUAAAAAAAAAA